AUGGAAUGCAGCAGCUGUGAACGGUGUGAGGCAGCAGCAGAAAAACCCCGAGAUCGCAGUACAAAGACCAACACCAGCCGCAAAUGUGUUACAACAUGUGCCAACAUCCCACCAAGUGUUACAACAUGUGCCAACAUCCCACCAAGUGUUACAACAUGUGCCAACAUCCCACCAAGUGUUACAACAUGUGCCAACAUCCCACCAAGUGUUACAACAUGUGCCAACAUCCCACCAAGUGUUACAACAUGUGCCAACAUCCCACCAAGUGUUACAACAUGUGCCAACAUCCCACCAAGUGUUACAACAUGUGUCAACAUCCCACCAAGUGUUACAACAUGUGCCAACAUCCCACCAAGUGUUACAACAUGUGCCAACAUCCCACCAAGUGUUACAACAUGUGCCAACAUCCCACCAAGUGUUACAACAUGUGCCAACAUCCCACCAAGUGUUACAACAUGUGCCAACAUCCCACCAAGUGUUACAACAUGUGCCAACAUCCCACCAAGUGUUACAACAUGUGCCAACAUCCCACCAAGUGUUACAACAUGUGCCAACAUCCCACCAAGUGUUACAACAUGUGCCAACAUCCCACCAAGUGUUACAACAUGUGCCAACAUCCCACCAAGUGUUACAACAUGUGCCAACAUCCCACCAAGUGUUACAACAUGUGCCAACAUCCCACCAAGUGUUACAACAUGUGCCAAAAUAACCAUAUACUAUUGUAUUCCAAUUCUUUCAACACUUCUCUCUUUUUGA